AUGCUAGAAGAGACGCAGCCGGCAGGGACGCCGCCGACAGUGAUGCUAGAAAAGGCGCAGCUGGCAGGGACACCGCCGACAGUGAUGCUAGAAGAGACGCAGCUGGCAGGGACACCGCCGACAGUGAUGCUAGAAGAGACGCAGCUAGCAGGGACACCGCCGACAGUGAUGCUAGAAAGUACGCAGCCGGCAGGAACGCUGCCGAAAGUGAUGCUAGCAGAGACGCAGCCGGCAGGGACCCUGCCGACAGUGAUGCUAGAAGAGACGCAGCCGGCAGGGACGCCAUCGACAGUGAUGCUGGAAGAGACGCAGCUGUCAGGGACGCCGCCGGCAGAGAUGCUGGAAAAGACGCAGCCGGCAGGGACGCCGCCGGCAGAGAUGCUGGAAGAGACGCAGCCGGCAGGGAUGCCGCAUGCAGAGAUGCUGGAGGAGAUGCAGCCGGCAGGGACGCCGACAGUGAUGCUAGAAGAGACGAAGCCGGCAGGGACACCGCCGACAGUGAUGCUAGAAGCGACACAGCCGGCAGGGCCGCCGCCAACAGUGAUGCUAGAAGAGACGCAACCGGCAGGGUCACUGCCGACAGUGAUGCUAGAAGAGACACAGCCGGCAGGGACACCGCCGACAGUGUUGCUAGAAGAGACGCAGCUGGCAGGGACACCGCCAACAGUGUUGCUAGAAGAGACGCAGCUGGCAGGGCCGCCGCCGGCAGAGAUGCUGGAAGAGACGCAGCCGGCAGGGACACCCCCAGCAUAG